AUGGCUUCUAGGGGUUUUAUAUCAAAAAGAGUCGUUGAAUAAUUUACAAAAAAUAUUAUUCUAUUAAACAGGCACAAAGAAAAAAAAUUCCUAUAAAAAAAUGCUUAUGCACAGAUGCAAAAUUUAGGAAUGAAGGGAUUGGACAUAAUUCUGGGAAGAUGGUCUUAGGAAUUUGUGGCAAAGAUGAGUUAUGAAGAAUUAAAUUAGAUGGAGUCUGAAAUCUUAGAUCUUGAUACAAUCGAUAUUUAUAAUCUACUAUUCUAGAUGAAGGGUGCUGAUGAAUUGAAACCUUUAGAGCAAUCGAAAGAUGUAUGA